AUGGCCGCCUUCUUCCCCAUCCUGCAGGAAAUCCUGCCCAUGCUGAUGCCUGGGUCGGUGCACAUCACCAAAGCAGAGGAGCUGCAAGGGCCACCACGGGAUGCCGUUCAUGUGGAGGAGGAGGAGGAGGAGCAGGCGGGCGACGACGGCGAAGAAGCGUUUGACGGCGAAGACGAGGACGACGGCGACGGAAACGAGAAGGCGGAUACGCGGCACCGGCCGCGGAGUCUAGGCGAAAGCGGUGCCAAACGUGACACUGGAGAUACGGGAGAGGCUGGCCAACGAAAGGAUGGCGACCAGGAGAAUGGCAACCCGGCACCGCCAACGGCGGCGGCAGCGACGCAGCCAGGGCCGUCAACACGCCGCCGUGCCCGCAAGGUCGUCGGCCGCCGCCCGCCCAACGGCGUGUCCCUGCGCGACGCCAUCGUCCACAAAAGCAGCUCGCUGUGCGCGUCGGUGCUCACCGUCAAGCCGCAGUGCGCGACCGUGGUGUUCCACAACGGCGAGCAGGAGGCGAUUGUCUACGCGGUGUCGGGGACGGCCGUGCUGGCCACGCUGCCGGACAACUUUGACGAGGACGACAACGACAACGACCACGAAGGAGGAUCGGCCACGUCAGCAAGAAAGCCGCCUCACACGACGACCAUCAGCGCGGGCGACUUUGCGUUUAUUCCGGCGUGGACGGAGCACCAGGUCCGGAACGAAGCGCCGGCCACGUCGAAAGGGGGGACCGACGACGGUCCGGCGACGCCGAGCGCCGAUGUGGUGUGGGUGGUGGUGCGCAACGCGGGCGAGCCGACGGUGGUGCCUUUGAAAGGCUGGGGCGGCGAGCAGGCGGAGUAG